CUCCAGCCUAUGGGGGCGCGGGGCGUUGUCACGUGCCGGAGCCCCGCUCGCUGCUGCGGAGCCGGAGGCGCUGGGCUGGGGGACGGAGCCGGGACGGGGACCGGGGCUGCACUGGCGGCGGCGGAGAGCGGGGUGUUGUAUUGCAGAAAGCGACUCCCGGAGCAUCUCGCCUGUAUGAACUCUUGAGCUGGCAGGGGAUUGAGAGGCUUAUGAGGAGGUUCUGUCAGGCAAAAACAGUGCCUAGCAAAGAUACCGAGGAGGAGGGAAAAGGAGAAGGGGGAGGGGGAGCGGAGCUGAGACUCUAGCAAACCAUGAGAUCUAUCCGAUCUUUUGCUAAUGAUGACCGCCAUGUUAUGGUGAAACAUUCAACCAUUUAUCCAUCUCCAGAGGAACUUGAAGCUGUCCAGAACAUGGUGUCGACAGUCGAAUGUGCCCUUAAACAUGUCUCCGAUUGGAUGGAUGAAAUGAACAAGUCUGUGAAAAUCGAGGGAGAUGGGGAAGCAAAAGAGGAAGCUGCAGAAAGUAAUGCCAAGGAUCAAGGUGGUCGGACCUUAUGUGGUGUGAUGAGAAUUGGUUUGGUUGCAAAGGGCUUGCUGAUAAAGGAUGACAUGGAUUUGGAGCUGGUUCUCAUGUGCAAAGAAAAACCCACAAAGACCUUGUUAUAUACAGUCAAAGACAAUCUCCCAAUCCAAAUUCAGAAACUUACAGAAGAGAAGUACCACGUGGAGCAGUGUGUGAAUGAGGCCGCUAUUAUUAUUCGUAACACAAAGGAGCCCACCCUAACACUGAAGGUGAUACUUACAUCCCCUCUCAUUCGUGAGGAAACGGAGAAGAAGGACGGAGUAGAUAAUGUUGCGAUGAAAGAUCCUCCGGACUUAUUGGACAGGCAGAAAUGCCUGGAGGCCUUGGCCUCUCUGCGGCACGCCAAAUGGUUUCAGGCCAGGGCAAAUGGACUAAAAUCAUGUGUAAUUGUGCUACGUAUUCUGCGUGAUUUGUGCAACAGAGUCCCCACAUGGGCACCGCUAAAAGGAUGGCCACUAGAGCUUAUAUGUGAAAAAUCUAUAGGUACUUGUAAUAGACCCUUGGGCGCUGGGGAGGCCUUAAGACGAGUGAUGGAGUGUUUGGCAUCUGGAAUUCUGCUUCCUGGGGGCCCUGGCCUGCAUGAUCCCUGUGAGCGGGAGCCAACAGACGCUUUGUCCUAUAUGACAGUGCAGCAAAAAGAAGCCAUAACACACAGUGCUCAGCACGCGCUCAGGCUAUCAGCCUUUGGUCAGAUCUAUAAGGUGCUUGAAAUGGAUCCUCUCCCAUCCAAUAAAUCCUUUCAAAAAUAUCCCUGGUCAGUUACUGACAAAGAAGGUGCAGGCUCCUCUGCUCUGAAAAGGCCAUUUGAAGAUGGAUUAGGGGAUGAUAAAGAUCCCAAUAAAAAGAUGAAGCGCAACUUGAGGAAAAUCCUAGACAGUAAAGCAAUCGAUCUCAUGAACGCUCUGAUGAGACUGAACCAAAUCAGGCCAGGGCUUCAGUAUAAGCUUCUGUCGCAGUCGGGUCCAGUCCAUGCCCCAGUCUUCACAAUGUCUGUAGAUGUUGACGGUACGACCUAUGAAGCAUCAGGACCUUCUAAGAAAACGGCCAAGCUCCAUGUGGCAGUGAAGGUAUUACAAGCAAUGGGCUAUCCAACUGGCUUUGAUGCAGAUAUUGAGUGCAUGAGCUCUGAUGAAAAAUCAGAUACCGAAGGCAAAAACGAGACUGUCUCUUCAAACUCAAGCAAUAAUACUGGAAAUUCUACAAUUGACACCUCCUCUACCUUAGAGGUAAGAACUCAGGGCCCUAUCCUCACAGCAAGUGGCAAAAACCCAGUGAUGGAGCUAAAUGAAAAAAGAAGAGGUCUUAAGUAUGAGCUCAUCUCUGAGACAGGUGGGAGCCAUGAUAAGCGCUUUGUAAUGGAGGUAGAAGUAGAUGGGCAGAAGUUCAGAGGCGCAGGUCCAAAUAAGAAGGUGGCAAAAGCGAGCGCUGCUUUAGCAGCACUUGAGAAACUGUUUUCUGGGCCUAAUGCAGCCAACAAUAAGAAAAAGAAGAUUCUCCCUCAGACUAAAGGAGUUGUAAAUACAGCUGUGUCAGCAGCAGUCCAGGCUGCUCGAGGCAGAGGACGAGGCGCUUUAACACGAGGGGCAUUUGUUGGGGCAGCCGCUGCUACUGGAUACAUAACACCAGGCUAUGGGGCACCUUAUGGGUACAGCCCAGCUGCGCCAGCCUACGGUGGUUUUUUCAUUGACAGUCCCUAUUGCCAGCCUCUCAGCAUCGCACCUUUUAUUGUUCACUUGGGCCCUCAAGAUUUCUUCUCUGACUUCUAGAACCAUCAGGUUGUGUGGCUCGAAAUGGCUAUUUAUAGAUGUCUUAAAAGCAAGAACAAACGUGACUCGUUUUGAGGGGGUCUCAGCUUCAAAUAUGGAACUCUGAGCUUUUCCUUUUUGAAAAGAUUUUUUUUCCCUGGACUCAAAUCCUUUUUAAUAAAAGCAAUACUUAUUCCAAGCCACAGUCCUUCCUUGGGAUACAUAGCAAUAGAUGUGCAUACAUGUCUUGGUUAUUUCUUCAUGCAGAAAGAAGAGACCAAUGUAUAAAACUUGGACUUCAUUAAAAAUUGGUGGGGCUCCCAAUUUAAUCAGAUAACUCCGCUUUAGCUUUCACCACUUAAAUCAGAAUUUUAACUGAACAAUUGUACUCAGGUCUUUAGUAUCAAAGUUGACCUAGAAACUGCCACCAAGGCUUACAGUGGCUAUUCUCGAACCCAGAGCUGCUACAUGCCGGAAGACAUGAAAGGCAGCAAACAUUCCACCUUUUCUCCCAGGUAUAACUGAACUAAUGUGUCUCAACCAUGCCUCACAAUAAUAUGGUGAAACGGUGGAAGGAUUAGGUCACUUCACUUCUGAAAUGGAUUUUUUUUCCUAGAAUCCUCAUAAAAUAACCGACAUUCUAGAAUUUGGCAAAUUUUAGAGAAAAUUCGCUGUUCUAAGUUCACUUUUUUGUUUUUUUUUGUUCGUUAAACUGUUUGGGGUGUUGAAUCAAUUAUCGGGAUUAUUAACUGAGUCAGAGAUGCCUCUGUAUGAAAGUCUUUAUUUAAAUGGCGUUGGAACCUCUCUAUAUUGCAGGAUAAGACUUUUAAGCAGUUUUCAGCAGGUUAAUAUCACUUUAUUCUCAUUCUCUCCGGACCUUCGUAGCCAUAUGCACUUUAUAAAAUAGGCUGAAAUGUAAUGACUGUAAGCAGAGAUCAUGGUAUAAAAAAGGUAAGAAUUUUUAUUCUCCGCUUGAAGAAUAUGUUAAUUACUGUUUUUCAACUCCCAUAGACAUGUGAUGAAUCAUAUAUAUGGCAUGAGCUUUUAUUAUGCCUUUAUUUAAUUUCAAAAUCUAACUGUUUAAGGAAAAAAUCAACUGGUCUAAUUUCCAAUCUUGCGUUUUUUAAAGGCCACUGAAAUUAUUUUAGUUUAAGAUAAAAAACUGUUGAUGUUAAGAUAGUUUAAAAAAAAAAAAGGAAUCCAUUAGUCUUAU